UGCACGAGCAGCUGACCGCAGUUCACCACGGGUCACCGAAACUCAACACACUCCAUUUUUCUGUUUAUUUUGGCUAAGAAAAUGGCAAGCGCUGCCGGAUCGAGUGGAUCAGGCGGUGGCGCCAGCGGAAAUUCCGAGGAGACGCGACGCAUUUGGGUGGGCAACCUGGAUUCGCGCAUCACCGAGUUUCAACUCCUCAAACUGAUGCAAAAAUGCGGUGCCAUCGAGAAGUUCGACAUGCUGUUCCACAAGGGAGGCCCCAUGGUUGGCCAAUCGAGGGGCUACGCCUUCGUCACCUUUGCGCAGAACGAGGGAGCUACAAAUGCACUGCUAAAGCUGGAUGGAACCAGCGUGGGAAAUCGCUCCAUAGCCGUGCGAUUAGCAAAAAACAUCAAAUAUGACGACCUGCAGAAACCCAAGCCACGCCUGGAGAUUCCCGCCUUGGGAACCGGCAAACGGGAGGAGAAGAUCAGCAAGACGGAGGCCAUUCGCGCCAUCGAGGCCAAACUGAAGGUGCUGGAGCGGCAGACUGACGACAAUCUCGAACUGAACACAUCGGGCCGAGGCGAGGCCAACGUGCCUUUCAUACAGCGCUACCAGUUCAACAAGGAUCGCGACGGAACGCAGCAGCGCUAUGGGAAGUCCUCGGCUCCAUAUCAUCGACAGCAGCGACCGAAGAGGCGCUGAGGCCUUCCAAACCCGACAUUGCCAUCGUCUCACACUCGUAGUCUGUAAAAAUCAUUAGUACUUAGGGCGCUACCUCAGCAGACGAGCCUUGCAGGUGUAAAUUUACAAUUAAUUUAUUAAAGAAAGGAACAUUAA